AUGGAGCUGAGCUAUGGGCUCGUCAUCUGUUUCCUGCUCUGGGGCGGCACAGAGCUAUGCUACCCCCAGCCCCUCUGGUUCUUGCAGGGGAGACCCGACCAUCCUACACCAUCUGCCCUACCUGUCGUGGUGGAGUGUCUAGAGGCCCAGCUGUUGGUUACAGUCAGGAAAGACCUCUUCGGUACCGGAAAGCUCAUCAGGCCUGCUGACCUCACCCUGGGCCCUGAGGGCUGCCAACCACUGGCCUCCAUGGACACGGAUGAUGUGGUCAGAUUCCAGGUUGGACUACAUGAGUGUGGCAACAGCCUACAGGUGACAGCCGACUCCCUGGUGUAUAGCACCUUCCUGCUCCACGAUCCCCGCCCCAUAGGGAACCUGUCCAUCCUGAGGACCAACCGUGCCGAAGUUCCCAUUGAAUGCCGCUAUCCCAGACAGGGCAAUGUGAGCAGUCAGGCGAUCCUGCCCACCUGGGUGCCCUUCAGGACCACAGUGUUCUCAGAGGAGAAGCUGGCUUUCUCUCUGCGCCUGAUGGAAGAGAACUGGAGUGUUGAGAAGAAGUCCCCCACCUUCCACCUGGGAGAUGUAGCCCACCUCCAGGCAGAGAUCCACACCGGCAGCCAUGUGCCACUGCGGCUGUUUGUGGAUCGCUGUGUGGCUACACUGACACCAGACCAGAAUUCAUCCCCUUACCACACCAUCGUGGACUUCCAUGGUUGUCUGGUUGAUGGUCUCUCAGAUUCCUCUUCUGCCUUCAAAGUCCCUAGGCCUGGGCCAGACACACUCCAGUUUACAGUGGAUGUAUUCCACUUUGCCAAUGACUCCAGAAAUGUGAUGUAUAUCACCUGUCAUCUGAAGGUCACUCUGGCUGACCAGGACCCGGACCAACUCAACAAAGCCUGUUACUUCAGCAAGCCUUCGAAUAGAUGGUUCCCGGUAGAAGGCCCUGCUGACAUCUGUGACUGCUGUGACAAGGGUGACUGUAGCAUUCCAGGCUACUCUGGGAGAAAGCGCCAUGUCAGGAGCCCAUGGUUCAGGUCUACUUCCCACACCCACGGGCAUGUGACAGAAGAAGCAGAUGUCACUGUGGGGCCACUGAUCUUCCUGGGAAGGGCUAGUGACCAUGAUAUGGAAGGAUGGGCCUCUCCUUCCCGUACCUCUCUGGCACUGGGUGGAGGCCUAGCUGUGGUGGCGUCCCUGACUCUGGCUGCUAUUGUUCUGGCUCUCACCAGGCAUCGUCCUGUUUCCCGCCCUGUGUCUGCUUCCCAAUAA